AUGAUUGUGCUGGCAAUUUUCUUUCUUCUAGGGAAAUCAAAUGGGCUGAAUCAAUUGGCAACUACUACACCAGCGAUUCGCGAGGGAGACAAGGUAUUAGAUGAUCUGAUCAAUCCGAAAGGAUAUCCUUUUACUACGCGGGUUUAUUUCCCUAAUGGAAAAUCUAGCACUUGGUUUCGAUCAUGGAGGUAUAUCCAUCAUGGUUUGCAAGGCGCCGAAGUGGCUGAAUGUAGCGAGAAUGGCCUUCCAAUGAAGGUAAAACACAUCUAUUACUGGCCUGGCGAUCAUAUUUCUUUCCCGUGCAAAGUUUGUCAACGAGGUCUCGAUUCAAAUGGAAAGAUCAAGACGUGGGGUUGGGCCGCAAAAGUAUACGACUUUUUCGAUCAUUACCAGAAGAAUAAGAAGUUGCAACACGCGGAUGUUGGGGUGCAAUUUUUACCACUAAAGUCCGAGAUCAAUAUAAGAUCGAUGGAAUUCGAUGGAUCAGGGGAUUCUGAUCCGUCUUACGGAAAUCAAAUUCAGGCCAAAGAGCACGGCUCUUUCCCCCACAUCCGACGACAAAGGUUUGAACGUAUUGGCAAUACGUUACACAUUCAUAAAGCUGAAGCAAGGGCGGCUGGUGUGUAUUUUUGCUACGAUGACACCGCGAUCAAUUUGGUCCGCUAUUUCUAUAUUCUCCACGCAAUGACGCCGGUCAAUGAAGUGAAAAGAAUUCUU